UAAGUGGGAAAAACCCUUGAGAUAACUGCGGGAUCAACAGCACAAUUAUCUGACUGUAUCUCCCUCUCCCUUUUUUCUCCUCCUUCUCUCUCUCUCUCUUCCUGCUGUUAAUCGCUGGGGGAUUUGUUGGAGUUUCAGAGCGCCUCUCCGCAUCUGUGAGGAUGUUGUGGCUGGUUCUGCUCCUGCCUGCCCUCUCCUCGGCUCAGCGAUCAGAGCCCAUGUUCUCAGCUGUCACCAAGACCGUCCUGCCUCCAGACUAUGACAACAACCCCACCCAACUCAACUAUGGAGUGGCUGUCACCGAUGUGGACGGGGAUGGAGACUUGGAGAUAUUUGUAGCUGGCUACAACGGCCCAAACCUGGUGCUAAAGUAUGACAAGCAGAAAAAAAGGCUCGUCAACAUCGCCGUUGACAAUCGAAGCUCUCCUUUCUACGCCCUGAGAGACCGUCAAGGCAACGCCAUCGGAGUGACAGCGUGUGACAUCGACGGAGACGGCCGGGAGGAGAUUUAUGUGCUCAACACCAAUAACGCUUUCUCUGGUCGGGCAACGUACUCUGACAAGCUGUUUAAGUUUCGUAACGGACGCUUUGAAGAUCUGCUGAACGACGACAUCAACGAACACAGAGAUGUAGCUAACCGAAUGGCUGGGCGCUCAGUGGCCUGUGUGGACAGAAAGGGUUCAGGCCGCUAUGCGAUCUACAUAGCUAACUACGCCAGUGGAAACGUUGGUCCCCAUGCUCUCAUAGAAAUGGAUGAGGCAGCCAGCGACCUCUCACAGGGCGUCAUUGCUCUCUCCAAUGUGGCGGAGCAGGCCGGAGUCAACAAGUUCACAGGAGGGCGAGGUGUUGUUGUUGGGCCCAUUGUCAGCCAAUCCCUCUCUGAUGUGUUCUGUGACAACGAGUACGGAUCCAACUUCCUGUUCAAAAACAAUGGAGAUGGAACUUUUUCUGAUGUGGCGCAGCAGGCAGGUUUGGAGGACCCCAUGCAGCAUGGCAGAGGAGUCGCCUUGGCAGAUUUUAACCGUGAUGGAAAGACAGACAUCGUCUACGGGAACUGGAAUGGACCCCAUCGCCUUUACAUGCAGCUGAAUAACCGCAAACAGAAGUUCAAGGAUAUAGCAUCCCAGAAGUUCGCCAUGCCGUCCCCUGUUCGCACAGUUAUUGCUGCAGACUUUGACAAUGACAACGAGCUGGAGGUCUUCUUCAAUAACAUCGCCUAUAGGGGUCCCUCUGCCAACAGGCUCUUUCGGGUGAGCAGGAGAGAGCAUGGAGACCCUCAGAUAGAGGAGCUGAAUGUUGGGGAGGCAUCAGAGCCUGAAGGACGAGGAACCGGAGCUGUAGCCACAGACUUCGAUGGUGACGGCCGUCUGGAGCUGCUGGUGUCUCAUGGUGAAAGUGCAGCACAGCCGCUCGCUAUAUACAAAGUCAAUCUUGGCACCACCAACGCCUGGCUGCGAGUGAUUCCCAGGACAAAGUUUGGAGCCUUCGCCAGAGGAGCAAAAGUGGUGUUGUAUACGAAAAAGAGCGGCCCACACACACGCAUCAUUGAUGGAGGCUCUGGGUAUCUGUGUGAGAUGGAACCUGUCGCACACUUUGGCCUUGGUAAGGAUGUGGCCACAAAUGUGGAGGUGUACUGGCCAGACGGUCGAUCAUCGGCCCGACCCCUGGAACCUUCAGACAUCAACAGGGUGCUGGAGAUCCACUACCCAAGAGACGAGGAGGAAGUCACUCCUACUGUGGAGAUAGAGUGUGGUCAUGGGUUUGCCCUGAAUGAGAAUGGCCGCUGCACAGAUGAAGACGAGUGUACUCAGUUUCCAACUGUGUGCCCCUCCGACCGCCCUGUCUGCACCAACACCUAUGGCAGUUAUAAGUGCCGCGCCAAGAGGAGAUGCAACCAGGGCUUCGAGCCCAACGACGAUGGGUCUGCCUGUGUGGCCCAGGUGGCUUACUUUGGGGGGACGCGGUCUUCCGGAGAACGCAGGUGGUUAGGCCUUUCCUUCUGGUGGCUCUCCGUCUCUGUACUGCCCUUCAUCUCGACCCAUCUGCAGAUUGAGCUGCUGUAGCUGCUGCUGUCUGCCCCCAAUCGCACCUCUCUCCACUCCUUAAUGGGGAUGUACAGAAACUCUUGGAGAAAACUCCUCCUUCCUCUCUGUGGACCUCUGCUGUCUUUUUUUCCCCCCCAACACUGAUUUACAGUCUUGUCCCCUCCUCACUGCUGCUCUGUGUCACCUCUUGGCUCCUGGCUCCCUCUGGACUAUAAAGACACACACGGGGAGCAUGCUCGCUGGGAGCUACGGGGUUCAGAACUAACUGUGUCACACCCGCAGAGCCCUCAUGUCAUCACCUGGCACUUAUCUUAGUGGGACCAGAACUGAGGCCAAGACAAUAAGUGGAGCUGCAGCACAUAAACCUCUGCACAUACAGCUGACGGGUCUCCUGGCUGCACACACCACAGUCAUUAGAGACACGCUGAGGCCCCAUCUGUAUCUCAACAAUGCCACUGUGUUAAUCCUUACUAUGUCACUCUCAUUCUCAUAAUGGGCUAACUGGGAUGCUGAGAAACACCGGGUGUCCAAGCUUUAAGUUUUGUGUUCAUUUUUCUCUGUGUGUGUGUGUGUGUGUGUGUGUGUGUGUGUGUGUGUGUGUUGCAGUGUGUGUGUUGCAGUGUGUGAGUAUUUGCUGCAGCCAAAAAGGCAGUUGGGUAGCGGAACAUAUGCCAGACCAUCUGUCUCCAAUGGUUGGUGAUAUUUUGUUACCUAUGAAUAGCACAACAGCACAGUGAAGAAUACAAACACGUGUGUGUGUGUGUGAAAGAGUGAGCACAAGAACAGGCAAGAGCUAAUUAACGUUUCAAAGAACAGAAGCAGGAAGGUGAACCUGAAGACAUCAGAACUGACUUGGCAAUUUUAUAAUUACUUGCAUCUUGAUGAAAAGUUUUAAAAGGACGUAGGCCUACAGUGUUAACUGAAAAAAUGAAAUCUUAACUUUUUUUGGUUUAUUUUCCCAAAGAAAUGAAAUAAAUUGAGGCAAAAAAGAAAUAGUGGCAUGGUCAUGAAGAAAUAAAAGUAGAUUCUCAUGCAUAAUGAGUUUCUUUUUCAAAAAAUAAGUCAAUGUCCUGAUUCCACUGGUAUUCCAAAUCUCCAUUGAUCAUUUGCAAUAUGAUAUUAAAUGCUUUCCUAUUACAGGCAGUCUGAAAGAUCUUAGAUGCCCAGUCCUAUUCUGAACUUUCCUAUCGCAUUCCUUUUGAAUGAUUUAUGAAUAUAAAUAAAGCAUAUUGGCCCAAGUAUAAGAAAAAAAAAACUCUGCAGUAUAUCAGAUGGAUGACAGGUCUGAUAGUGAGCAUACUCUCCAUAUAGUAUCCAGUAACAUACUCACAUGCAUUUGAAGAAGAUCUAUAAGGACAUUACCCUCUAUAACCUCUAACACACUGCAAUACUGCAACAGGGCCGUAAUGAAGUUCUGCCAUCACUACGUCUCUGUGCUUUAACACUGAACCCUGCAACAGUGUGAUUUUGGUGUUCCAGUAUGUGAUUAAACAUCGCACUAAGACUUUACAGAAUUGCUGGAAGCACGGUGGGUGUAGCACAUACACACCCCCUCAGACAGGCACAUACACACGCUUAGCUUAGCCAGCUAAGUUGUUACACAUUGGCACAUUCACCUCCCCUUCCCACCUUUGUUACUCCUGAGGGAGGACCAGAGGUGAAACGACUUUGCCCCAUUAUUCCACCCCUGCGCAUUACAAAUAGUAGACAAGGCGUAACAGGGAUGUAACUUCUGGCUUCAUAACUUUGCCUCCGUUUUUGAAUAACCGGGUUUUCUUUUGAGCCACUUUGUUCCGCCUUGUAUUAUUGGUGGAGGGUGAACUGCUGUGAACUUAUAUUGAUAUUUAAUGAAUCCCCAAAUAUAAGACAACCCCACCUUUGUCAGAUCUAUUUCAAGGGGAGAACUGUCCUAUAGGUGGGUUAAUAUGAUCUCUCUUUUUUUUAAGAAUGUUUCUGAAUUAAUGAUUUCCUGGAACGAUUGUUCUUAGCUGAAUUCAUUCAAACAGGAGAACAGGUUAUGAGUAUUUCCAGCCAUAGUUUGAUGCCGACAAAUAAUGUUUGUGAGCGCGAUUCACGCCUAUGUUUCAUUAUUUCAAUGAUAUAUUGUAAUGUUUAUAAAAUAUUGAUGAAUAUAAGUGAUAAACUUGUGCCUUCUUCCCAUCUGGUUCAUACAAGAUUAAGGAAAAAGACCCAAAGACAAAAAGACAAAAAAGAGGAAGUGCAGCUUUUGGGAGGCGUUUGUGAGACCUCGCUUUAUCCAUAACUAAUACAUGUUGGGUAAUUUAUUAUCCUUUACAGUCAAGCCCUCAGUAAAAUGCACUUUGAAAAUGCAGUAACUCCCAUACAAACCUUCAAGAGAGUCAUUACCAUGUUACUUAAAAGUUUUAGAAAGUAGUAUUAUAAGAUUAAAAGUAUUUUGGAGGAACAAGAGUUGAGCAAAAACAGAAAAUCUUGUCCUCCACAAGCUGUUGAAAGCACGUACGCUGACAGAGAUCUGCUUUCACAUUGUUCUGCAGGGAGCAUCAGUUCCCCCUCUGGAAUCCCAGAGCAGAAACAAUGCAACACAACCCCAAAUUUAUCUAAGUCCACAAUAAGUGUCUCAGCAGGGGAUUGACUCAUCAUCAAGUUCUGGCCUGUACAGUCCUCCAGAGAUAAAGACCGAGUGUGUGUGUGUGUUUGUCUAUGUUCCUCGUUGUCUCCCUGUACACUUGCUGAGGCAAGUGUUAUAUUUUAUUUGGACAUUUUUAGCUCAGAACCUCACACAUUCCAUUUAAGAGAGAGCACCAAACUCUGUCCCCUGACAUCAGUUUGAGUCCUCUAAUGAGAUGGACCCAAACCACAGAUGCCACCUGUAAAUAUCUAACAUGUCAGAUGAGAUUUAAAGACUGGACAUGUUUCUCACUGAGACGUUUUUAACGAAGACUAAGAGGCAUCGGAGCAUGAAGAACUAAUAAACAAAUGAUGAUGGAUGUGUUAAAGCAAUUAAGAUGACUCACCAUGGAUCUCUGUUGGAUCCUCGUCGCCGAUGUUGUCAUGCUUUCUGUGUGUAAGCCAAAGACUCUGUGGAGGGAGAGUUACAAAGAGUUCAGUGAGAUCGUGUUUGAAAAUGUUCUCUCUGAAGAUUUCACUUUGCAUAAAUGUCAUGAGGUUCACCCUUGAUUGUGUAUGAAGAUGGACGACACAUCUCCACCUCUUGUUGUACAAAAGUGAAUGUCUUAUCCUGUGCGCACAGCGUCACAGGAGAAUUACACCCAUUUCGAAAGCAUCACAUAACUAAUUAUAAAUAAACUUCUCAAGAAAAUAAAGACUUGGGCGUAGAUCAGUGUGAUAAGAGCUAACAACAAUGACAGAAACAUUUAUAUGACGUGUAUGUUGAGUUAAUAGUUUGCCCCAAGUCCCUUGUGUUCACAUGGAGGAGGCAGGCUUUAAAACUUCAUACUGCAGCCAGUCAGUAGGAUGAGCAUCAAAUGUUUUGGCUUCACUGUUGGAGAGCCGCCAUGUCGUCCAUCUUUUUAUAUAGUCUAUAGGCUAAACUGAUUGUACUGAAGAUGUUACAAGGACUAAAAGAAAAAAUAUAGUCCUAAUCACACUCUUGAACUGUAUCACUAAGGACUGAUAUGUAAGCUCACAGUUUGCAUGAAUAAUAACAUCCACAUGUGACUAUAAAACUUGCACGCUUUAAAUAUGGACACAGCCGUUUUUUGACCCUGUUGCCCACAUUCUCAUACUUAAUCACCAAAAUCUGAAUAACAAUGUGGACAUUUUGUGUCAAACACAUAACUGUGUGAAUCCAGUUUGUAUCUUUCCUAUAAAUGUGUUGGAAUGGGUUGUGACAUUUCAGCUAGUUUUGAAGUUUAACAGCAAAAGGACGCCACUUAAGAUCGUCAGACAUCUGGCGUCUCAUCACUUUAUAUACGUGCAGUGUGCAACUAAGUGUACUGUGUACAGUAUUCAGUAUUUGAACUCUGCAGACAUGCAGGGGGAAAUCACAGUUUCCACAAUUUCACAGUACUCAAUCCAGAAAUGAAGCUUUCUUUGUCCAGUCAAACUGGAAUUCAUCCAAAGCCUGAGGAAAUGCUGAGAAAAUAAAUGAGAACAAAACAUU